AUGUACACUGAGGGAGGCGAAUUCCAUCAAGCCUGGUUCAGGAUGAUUAUGCGAAGCAAUCUAUAUGGAGCGACUUUGCCACAGGACAAGGUCUUUGCUGUCCUGGGAAUCAUUAAAGAGAUUACCAAGGAGGCCUAUGACGUUACGGAAGGAUUCCCAGAGAUUGAAUACUCAAAAUCAGUUUCGACAAUAUUUUACGACAGAGACACCAUCGGACAGGACUUGCCAUCCUGGGCUAUCGAUCUGCGUCAGAACGUUACCCGCUUGAUGCGUCGAUUCGGCGCAUUCCACUUUGACAUGCCUUGUACGGUGCCUCCAGUGCAGGCAUAUGAUGACUAUGGGCUUUUUCGUCUUGAGGGAGCCCGAAUUGGAGUUAUCGCCUUGACAGAGAGUCCUUGGAAAGGCGGAAUGCACGGGGAGUUCAAUUCUGAGAUUUUGGGAUCUUACUCUUCAGGGGUAGGACUGGAAAGCUGUUAUUCGAGCCAUGACUGGCGGAUGCCCGAUAAUCAGGGCAACAAAGGAAUCGAAGAGAUAUACAAAAUUCUUGAGAAGCGCUGCUCGCUCAAAUGGGCAGCCUUGGAACCUAGGACCAACGAUGUCAUCGAAGAGUACAAUCUAACUCGACAUCGCUGCCUAGUAUUUGUGUCGCAUCUGGUGCGAGAGGGAGAUAUCAUGGUUCAUCUGUCAGGUUCUGAGAUGCCUUUCGUCUUGUAA